AUGGAAGUAGAGCUUAAAGUUGACGACAUUACAGCUGCACAUAAAGCUGCGCUCAAAGACUAUUUCGGUCGCACUCCUCUUAUGUACUGCGUCCUCGCCGACCGACUCAACACUGCCAAAUGUCUUCUCAGACUAGGAGCUCAAGUUAGCUCCGUCGAUAAUGUUGGUCGAAGUGCUGCUCACAUCGCUGCACAUAAGGGAUCGAUUAAAUUUCUUCAGCUCUUGGUUGCUAAGAAUUGUCAGUUUUCCCUACCAGAUAAAGAUGGUCAAACUCCGCUGCAUCUUGCUACCAAUCGUAGAAUCACCGACGGAUCAUGUGUAAAAUAUAUUCUAAAAGCGAUGUCUUCUGAUUAUAUUGAUGUUCAAAACCAUCAAGGCCAGUCCGCGCUUCACUGUGCUAGCUAUUUUGCCAAUGUGGAAGCUGUCCGUCUUCUUUUGAAGGCAUCUGCGAACCCAGAUAUUGGCGACUCGAAAGGAAAGACUCCAUUGCAUUUUUGCGCUGGAAAUACUCAAGCAGAUGCUGUUCUUACUUCGGAGGUGCUACUGGAGAAAGGGAGUUCUUCUCUUAUUGAUUGGCAGGAUCAUGAAGCCGAUAAUCUAAGUAGAACGGCUCUUCACUGGGCCGCGCAGCUCGGGCGUGCUGAUUUUAUUCAAGAGCUCAUUGAUGGCGAUGUUGAUGUUCAUGCGCAGGACUGUAAUGGGGCAACAGCACUGCAUUACGCCGCAGCGGCUGGAAGCACGUCAAAUCACCAGACAUCUAUUCAACUGCUUCUCAAACAUGGGGUAAAUGUGGAUGUCAAGGAUGAAACUGGUGCGACUCCUCUUAUGUGGGCUGCAUCUCGUGGCGCUGAUUUCGCGAUCGAGAAACUGAUCCAUUCCGGUGGUGAGAUUCAAGCAGUAGACAAUGAUGGUAACUCAGCACUCCACGCAGCUGCUGCACAUGGCAAAAGUCUGAGUAAAUUUCAAACCUUCGAAAAGGACAACUUUGGAAGUACUGCGCUCCAUUUUGCAGCUGAAGCUGGUCAUGCAGAUGUGAUCGAAUACAUUGCAAGACUUGCGAAUGCAAAGAAUAUGCUCAGACUUGAGAUAAAAGACUCAUCAGGUCAGACAGCGCUGCAUGUUGCAAGUGAAAAUGGCAAGGCGAAUUCGAUGGCAGCCCUCCUGGAAUGGGGCGCUGAUGUCGACGCUCAAGACGAAAACGGAUACACUCCCCUUCAUCUCGCAGCAAGAAGUAAUCAUGUUGCAGCAAUGAGACUUCUUCUCCAAUAUCAUGCUUUUAUCAAUUCGAUGACCUUCUCAAUCGAGCGAGAGACACCACUUGACAUGGCAUUUGAAGCGGAUCAUCAGGAUGCAAUUGCUAUUUUAAUAAAUUUGGACGCACUGGUUGGUGAAGACGUGAAGCACCUGGCUGCAAGUAAGAUUCAGCGAGCAUGGAGACGAUACAGUGAAAAUCUCAAAGAAGAAAAGCAAAAAUUCCUUAUGCUAAAGCAAGAACAUCUUCGACGCGAUGCAGAUGAAAUAAGACGAAUAAGAAUUGCUUCAAUGUCAAAAGCGACGCCGAUAACUGAAAUCAAUGAGAACAAAAAACGAGAGCAAGUUGUGAGCACAUUUGUACCGGUAGAAGCACCACCGCCAAACCCAAUAAGAGUCUCGAUCGGAACACAAACGGAACUGAAAACGAAAACGCAUCAAACUCAGACUCCAAGAAAACUUAGCUCUGUGAAAGUGGAAGGAAUCCUUUUUCGCGAAGAAAUUCCUAUGAACGGCUUGAGAAAUGACAUAAUUUUAUCGGGCCUAUUUAAUCUCAAGAAAAAAAGACAUAGAAGUUUAAGGCUAGAACUCAGGGAUCUAUCAAAGCCCGAAUAA